GAGUGUCUGAGAGCCGUUGGCUGCUCUGAACCGUUUUGGCUCUUUCCCUUAGUAACAGCUUUAACAUUCUGCCUCAAUUCCUCUUCAAUCUAAAUCACACACUCACAUACGCGCUCACACACAUACACACACGCGGAGAGAUUACUUUCCCCCCCCUCCAUCUCCUCCUUCCUUGGGACUGAAAUCUGUGAUCUCUUCCCCCCACCCCCUCCCAUCAACCUUUCCACCCCCCUUUUUUAAACCCCCACCUCCCCCAACACACACCUCACCCGGGCUUGGGAUAUAAUUGAAUAUCUUUGCAUUCUUGGGUGGCUAUUCGCGAUCGGUGAAUUUUUGGUGUUUUUUGUUGUUUUUCCUUCCAAAUCGUCGCCUGGUUUGCUGCAUUCGCGAUUGCAAAUAAAUAUAUACACAUCAUAAGAGGAAGGAAGGAAGGAAGGAAGAAGGUGCAUUUCUAUCCCCCCCCUUUCCCCUCCUCUCUUUUGCUUCCAUUGCAAAAAAAAAGAGAGAGGGGGGUGGAGAACAGACUCCUUAAGCCAUUGCAAGUACCAUCUUUCUGCAUCCGCAGCCUCCUGUCAGGAAACCUUCCGCCCAUCAAUGCACUGCCAAUGGGUUGUAUCCUUCGUUGUGACCUCAUGGUUUAAGCGGGCAUAAAGAUGAGUAUAAGCAGUGAUGAGGUCAACUUCCUCGUAUAUAGAUACUUGCAAGAGUCCGGGUUUUCUCAUUCAGCAUUCACCUUUGGUAUUGAGAGCCAUAUCAGCCAGUCAAACAUCAACGGUGCUCUGGUGCCCCCAGCUGCUUUGAUCUCCAUCAUCCAGAAAGGCCUGCAGUAUGUAGAGGCGGAAGUCAGUAUUAAUGAGGAUGGUACUUUAUUUGAUGGCCGGCCGAUAGAGUCUCUCUCGCUGAUAGACGCCGUAAUGCCAGAUGUGGUGCAGACGAGACAGCAGGCCUAUAGAGACAAGCUUGCACAGCAACAGGCAGCAGCUGCAGCCGCCGCGGCUCCUCCCAAUCAGCAGGGGUCGACGAAAAACGGGGAAAACACCGCAAACGGGGAAGAGAAUGGAGCCCACACCAUAGCAAAUAAUCACACAGAUUUGAUGGAAGUGGAUGGUGAUGUUGAAAUCCCUCCUAACAAAGCGGUGGUGCUGCGCGGCCACGAAUCCGAAGUGUUCAUCUGCGCUUGGAACCCCGUUAGUGACCUUCUGGCCUCAGGAUCGGGAGAUUCAACGGCAAGAAUAUGGAACCUUAGUGAGAACAGUACCAGCGGGUCCACGCAGCUGGUCCUCCGGCACUGUAUACGAGAAGGGGGCCAAGAUGUACCGAGCAACAAAGACGUGACAUCCUUGGAUUGGAAUAGUGAAGGUACGCUUCUAGCAACGGGGUCAUAUGAUGGAUUUGCAAGGAUAUGGACUAAAGAUGGUAACCUCGCCAGCACAUUAGGGCAACAUAAAGGUCCCAUAUUUGCAUUAAAAUGGAACAAGAAAGGCAAUUUCAUUUUAAGUGCAGGCGUGGACAAGACCACAAUUAUCUGGGACGCACACACCGGAGAAGCUAAGCAGCAGUUUCCUUUUCAUUCUGCACCAGCGUUAGAUGUUGACUGGCAGAGCAACAACACGUUUGCCUCCUGUAGCACAGACAUGUGCAUUCAUGUCUGCAAGUUAGGCCAAGAUAAGCCCAUCAAAACCUUCCAGGGCCACACGAAUGAAGUAAACGCAAUCAAAUGGGAUCCCACCGGGAAUCUUCUGGCCUCGUGUUCUGACGACAUGACUUUGAAGAUCUGGAGUAUGAAACAGGAUAGUUGUGUCCACGAUCUACAAGCACAUAACAAAGAAAUUUAUACUAUCAAGUGGAGUCCUACAGGGCCUGGAACAAACAACCCUAAUGCCAAUCUUAUGUUAGCCAGUGCAUCCUUUGACUCUACAGUUCGGUUAUGGGAUGUAGACAGAGGGAUCUGCAUCCACACUUUGACGAAACAUCAAGAACCCGUGUACAGUGUAGCUUUCAGCCCUGAUGGCAGGUACCUGGCCAGUGGCUCCUUCGACAAAUGUGUACACAUCUGGAAUACGCAGACGGGUGCUUUAGUUCAUAGUUAUCGGGGAACAGGAGGCAUUUUCGAGGUUUGCUGGAAUGCAGCAGGAGACAAAGUUGGAGCAAGCGCUUCAGAUGGUUCAGUUUGCGUACUAGACCUCCGGAAAUAGCGCUACUAGUUGGAAGCCAUGGACCGACUAUGAAUGUGUACAUAGCCAAAAUGACUGUCCCCUUGACCCAUGUACUGCUAUAGUCCCAACUGAACCAUGGCCAGUCCACUACAGCCAAACCCGAAAGAAUUAUAUACAUAUACUGUAUAUUAAAAAAAGCAAAUUUUU